AUGACAAAUCCCGACACACUAGAUCCCCGCGACGACGGUAACAUCUUCGGAUUGGAAAUCUGGAAUAAAACUGAUAUAGACGUCAACGAAGAAAAUAUCGCUCGUUAUACAAACCCAAACUUCUUGUUCCAUCGUUGCUGCGAAGAACGCCGUCUACCUCCUGCUUGUGUACAAAAAUGCCAUUUUAACACCUAUGAGAAGGAAGCGCUCGAAGCCAUGUUUGUUGGGACCGAUGCAUGUCCAAUCGAAUUCUUGCCAGAAAUGCAAUUUUGUGCCGCUCAAGGAAUGGAUCAUCGUCAGGUAAGUAAAAAAAAGGGUUUCAAAAGUUCUUUCAUGUGAGA